AUGAAGAACCAAACAACGAUCUCCAGCGUUCUUCUCAUGAGUCUAUCAAAUAAUCAGAAGACCAUCUAUGUUCUCUUCAUCGUCUUCCUCCUCAUCUACCUGAUGACCUUCUUCACCAACUUUCUUAUCAUCUUUCUAGUUAUUACUUGUGCUCAUCUUCAUACUCCCAUGUAUUUCUUUCUUGGAAACUUAGCAUUCUUGGACAUGUCCUACUCAUCGAUCACUGCCCCAAGGAUGCUAUUUGAUCUCUCCACCCAACAUUGGUCCAUGUCUUUUCCAGACUGUAUAGCACAAAUUUUUUUUGUUAUCUAUUUUGGGAGCUCAGAAGUUUUCUUGUUGUCUUCUAUGUCCUAUGACCGGUACGUAGCCAUCUGCCAUCCACUUCACUACUCUAACGUCAUGUCUUGGGGCACGUGUACUCAGAUGGUGUCUUUGGUUUGGUCUUCUGGUCUCCUCGCCCCCAUUAUUUGUACUUUACUUUUAAGGAGGUUGACGUUCUGUGGUCCCAACUUCAUCCAGAAUUUCUUUUGUGAUCUGCCCCGUUUACUCCGAAUUUCUUGCACUGAUUCUUCCAUCAAUGCUCUUGUAGUAGUAAUUGUUGGGGUUCUUCUUGGAACUGUAGCUUUUGUUGCCACAUUUUACCCAUAUAUCAGAAUUUUAAGUACAGUGCUCAAAAUUCGUACUGCUGAUGGAAAACGUAAAGCUUUCUCCACCUGUACGACUCACCUGACUGUGGUUUUCAUAUUUUAUGCAUCAGUAACAUUUAUCUACUAUGUACCUAACACAACUAAUCUUCUUACAUUGAACCAAGCAGUCACUGUGAUAUACACACUAAUCACCCCCUUACUCAACCCUUUAAUCUACAGCCUAAGGAGCAAAGACCUGAAGGCCGCACUGAGGAGAACUUUACAUGUAGACCGGCAGAUCCCAGUUAACGGUAGAGGAAAUAAAGCGCAAUCACUUUUUCGGAGGCACAUGAUCAGGAGAAUCCAGUUUAGAUGUCUCCAUCUCUCUUUCCCAUGA